CGAAAAACUCCGCAGCAGUCCACCCAGUCCACCAGACAUCCGACAGGGAAUUGGGAGGUGUUGAUAGGACUCAUCCGCCUAAUUCUUGUAGUGGAAUUCAACCAAUUGAUUGCUAUUUGGGACAGCGGAUUUGUGAUCCUGUUACCACAGUCUUCUUGCGGGCCAGAAACGCGAAUCACGAUGGUUCCAGGAAUCGCCACCAAGACGGCGGCGCGACCGGUGGCCUGGGCACCUCAGCCUCGGAACAUGUUCGUGUUCGGCGCAGGUUUCGUCGGCCGCUACGUCUCGGAGCGCCUCCUCGCGCAGGGCUGGCAGGUCUCCGGGACGUGCACCACUGUCACCACGAAGAGGGAGCUAGAGAUGCUGGGCAUGAAUGCUUCCGUUUUCGAUGGCACAGAGGACAGCCUGGAAAAUAUUCACAGUUUACGACAAGCAACUCACUUGCUCAUCUCCAUCCCACCCAUCCCUGGAGUUGGUGAUCCUCUACUUAUUAAUUUAGAUGAAGAUCUGAGGAGAAUACUCGGCCAUGGUAAUCUUGAAUGGCUAUGCUACCUUUCGUCAACAAGUGUGUAUGGUGAUUGUGGUGGUGUAUUGGUUGAUGAGGAUCAUACAGUAAACCCAAAGAGCGAGUCUGCCAAAUUAAGAUAUAACGCAGAAAAAGGAUGGCUGAAUCUUAUUGAUGAUCCAAAACUGUCAGCUUUUGUAUUCCGUUUAGGUGGAAUAUAUGGGCCUGGAAGAAGUGCUUUGGACACCUUAGCGAAGAGCAAAUCUUUGUCACGGAAACAGAAGUUGCGAGAAUCUAAGCAAUAUACUGCACGAAUCCACGUGGCUGACAUCUACCAGGCUGUCUUGGCUAGCAUGAGCAUCAGAUGUGCAAGGAAAAUAUUUAAUGUGGUGGAUGACGACCCUGCCCCAAGAGCUGAAGUUUUUGCGUUUGCUACGAGUUUGAUACAGAGGAGAUAUCCUGAUAUGAUAACUGAAACCAUUGAUGCCAAGCCUGCAGGCUUAGAUUAUCAAGAGAUGAUCGUACCUGCAGAGAAACGGGUUUCUAAUGCUCGGAUGAAGCAGGAACUUGGUGUUAAUCUGCUUCAUCCAACUUAUAGAUCUGGUCUGCAGAGUAUCCUUGAUGCUUGGCAAAUUCAGCCUCCACUUCCCAAUACAAGUCAAUGAUGAUUUAGUUUUGAAAGGCAUAUAGGUGUAUGUAAGUGUAUUUGUGCUUGAUUUGGUUCAGAUAUACUACCUCCGUUCUAAUAUUUGUAUAAAAAAGAACGGAGCGAAUAAUAAUUUAGUGACAUUGUAGCCUUUUUGGCUGAGUUGGACUGGUGCUCGUGUUAUUUUUAGC